UUGCGUAACAGCGGUGGAUGUGGCAAGUUACAAAACGGCGAGUGAGGGAAAAAACGAAGGAGGCGUGAAUAGUUCUAAACACUUCAAAUUCCUACCGCGGUGCAAAACCAACCAACUUCCAAAAGCUUUCUACCCCAGAAACUCAACUGCUCAGUUAUGGACAACUACAAACCCUUUCUCGCUCUGCUUUUCUUUGCUUUUGCGGUCGGUUUUGUCUCGGUUGUGUUCGUGCUCAGAUGGGUUUUGCAUUUCAGAGAGGGAUUCGGCUGGGAUGGAGGAGCUGCGGAGUUUAACUGGCAUCCUCUCCUGGCUGUGACUGGCUUUGUUUUUCUUCAAGGAAUCGCAAUUGUGGUAUACAGACUUCCUUGGACAUGGAAGUGCAGCAAGCUGAUGAUGAAGUUUAUCCAUGCUGGAUUAAAUGUGUUGGCCUUCAUCCUGGCUGUCAUUUCUCUGGUAGCAGUGUUUGACUUCCAUAAUGUCCAAAACAUUCCAAAUAUGUACAGCUUGCACAGCUGGGUGGGCUUAGCCGCAGUCAUACUCUACUCACUACAGAUUGUACUUGGAGUUUGUAUUUACCUCCUACCCAUAAGUCCAGGAUUUGUUCGAGCUGCUUUUAUGCCUAUACAUGUAUUCAGUGGCCUGUUCAUCUUUACCACAGUGAUUGCUGCCGCACUUAUGGGCAUCACUGAAAAGCUCAUAUUCAGCCUGACAGAUCCAAAGUACAAAGAUUCACCUCCAGAGGCCACAUUUGUUAAUGUCCUUGGCUUGUUAAUAACUGUGUUUGGGGGACUCAUCCUGUGGAUUGCCACUCGCCCCUCCUGGAAGAGACCCGGUGAGCAUCUCCUCCGUAACCCGACUGCAGGGGAACCAGCGCCCGAAAGAACCAACCCAGAGUCCAACAAUGAGGCUCACAAAAGAAAUGACUGAUGAAAAAUUUUUAGGUGAAAGUCUAUCUGCUGAGCUUCUUAUCAUAAGUUUACACAUCUCCAAGAUACGUUGCCAACAUGGCAAAAUAUUUUUUGCAUCCAUUUUACUGCUAUCAUACAUGAGGUGAUUAAUAUCAGUUUAGAUACACUUUUAAAGUAUAGUACAAUUACUUUCCCAUGGACACACCACAACAUGACUAGGGUUGUGAUAUGUCUGAUUCCCACCACACCCCCCCAGACAUAGCCAAUUGUGUAUCACGUUGACGCACACCUGGCCAAUAGCACCACUGUGUCACAGAGUGCCUUAAGUGUUGUUUCUAGCAGUAAAUGUUUUGCUGUAAACAUUAUGUUAAUGACCUAAUUCAUGUUGUUACAAUCAUUAUUUCCCACAAUGUUUAAAAAUUGAAGCAUUUUAACAGUAGUAUAAAUGAAAUUUUGUGUAGCAAUAAUGUGGUAACUAGACUGGCCUGUGGGAUUCACCAACAGGCAUUUUAAAAAUCUAAGUAUGUCACAAAAACAUAUGGUCUACCAUAUUAACUAGACCAUGUAAUAUAUGAAGGAAUACAUGUUUCCUUUCAUGGUGGUUUGAUGUGUUCAGAUGUGAAUUUAUAAUUAGCUUGCAAAGGAAUGUAAACUUUGUUCCACACUGGUUAAUACGUUUGUGAAUGUGAGAUAUCAGUGGAAUUCUAAUCAAGGCCAAUUUCAAAUAAACUGAAAAAUAAUAAGGUAAUUUGAUCUUCAUUUUCUGUGCACCAUUAAAGCGAUCCAGUGAAGGUUAAAAUAAUUACUGUGUUCACUUUCCCACAUUCCCCUCAAAACAUGCUUAAGGCCCAACAAACUUACUAAAUGAUUUUUUAUCUUAAAUAUUAUCUUUUAAAGCUGCUUUGUUUAAUGAUUAGUAAAGAUCUAGACUUUAGACUUUCUAAUGUUAAGCAAAAAAACAUUAUGCACAAUAUUAUUUAACCUGACACCAUCCUGUUGUAUUAUAUCUGGCUUUUUUCAUUAUCAUAAUAAAUAUAUU